GGGCGGCGCUUGCGCAGUGCCGGCAGCGGCUGGCGUCGCCCGCGCCCCCUCCCCUCCCCCCCCGCCGUGCCCGCGCUCCCCCCUCGCCCCCAUGCGGCGCUGAGGCGGCGGCGGCGGCAGCGGGGCGGCCCCGGGGCGGCGGGGGCCGCUGGGCGCCAUGGAGGGCAUGGACGUGGAUCUGGACGCGGAGCUGAUGCAGAAGUUCAGCUGCCUGGGCACCACCGACAAGGACGUGCUGAUCGGCGAGUUCCAGCGGCUCCUCGGCUUCCAGCUCAGCCCCGCCGGCUGCGCCUUCUUCCUCGACAUGACCAACUGGAAUCUACAAGCCGCUAUUGGAGCCUACUAUGAUUUUGAGAGUCCAAAUAUCAAUGUACCCUCCAUGUCCUUUGUUGAAGAUGUCACCAUAGGUGAAGGAGAGUCCAUCCCUCCUGAUACCCAGUUUACAAAAACAUGGAGGAUACAAAACACAGGGACAGAGGCGUGGCCCCCAGGGGUUUGUCUGAAGUAUGUCGGGGGAGACCAGUUUGGCCACGUAAACAUGGUGAUGGUCAGGUCCCUGGAGCCCCAGGAGAUUGCAGACGUCAGUGUUCAGAUGUGCAGCCCCAGCACAGCAGGAAUGUAUCAGGGACAGUGGCGAAUGUGCACUGCCACAGGACUCUAUUACGGAGAUGUCAUCUGGGUGAUCCUCAGCGUGGAAGUUGGAGGACUUCUAGGUGUAACACAGCAGCUGUCAUCCUUUGAAACAGAGUUCAACACGCAACCGCAUCGCAAGGUAGAAGGAAACUUUAACCCAUUCGCCUCUCCACAGAAGAACAGGCAACCAGAUGAAAACAACCUAAAAGACCCUGGGGGUUCCGAGCUAGGCACAAUCAGCAAAAACACAUGGGGGCCUGCUCCCGACCAAAUCGAACAAGAUCAGAAUGGACUGUCACAAAACUCUGUAAAUCUCUCCCCCAGCAGUCACUCGAACAACUUGUCGGUAGUGACAUACAGUAAGCUGGUGUGGGGAGACUACAGAGCUCAACGUUUUGAUCCCAGAAGCUACCUGUCAGGAACAGUCAAUCAAAGGACUAUUCCUGUCUGUGUCCUUGUCUUGUUUAUAAUUGGUUUCCACGGUCCUUAUCCCUUCGGACAGUCUUAAAACACAAAAACACAAAACGGGUAUCGACAAGAGGAGAAUUUAAGAAAGAACUGACUUUUGGGGGAAGGGAGGGGGAUUCAUGUGGCAGACAGACACAACGUGGAUCCCCCCUUCUCUGCCUCCGUGUUCUGGAUAAAGAAGAAAAAACAAAAGCCCAGUAACUUAAGACUAGCUGUUUUCAGAGGAAAAUACAAAAUCUAAGUAUGCAUGUGUGAAUGCUGGAUUUCAGGAGUGUUGUUAAAUGCUAUGAGAAAGAAAAUAUACCAACACCAUGGGUUUGGGGUUUUUUUUUAGAAAUCAUUCUCACACAUAAUUAGGUAGUUUAAAAAAUGAAAAUGAAAAAGCCAUCUUUAAAAAAAAAAUAUUUUGCCUACAGAGCGGUUGUAGUUUGUGCAAAUGUUUAAUUUGUUUGUUUCUUGUUCAUUUAUUUUUUUUUUAAAUAAGGGACAGCGUGCAUUUUUAUGGAACUGUCAUGUUUUGCUUGCUACCGAAUGGGAAUUUGCUUAGCAUCUUCUGGGGCUUGUGCAGUGACUUCUUUUUGUUGGACAUUUUUUUAGUGACAGGUUGGGUCUGCACCCAGCUCUGCAUUUUUAAUAUCAUCUGCUGAUUUUAGUUACCAACUUUUUAAUCUUUUAUUUCUUGUUCUUUUUUUUUUUUUCUUUUGGUUUGGGUGUUGCUGUUAGUUGUCCUGCAUGUCAUUGCAAACCAUGCUAAAGACCAGGUCUCGGUAUUGAAGUUGGAAAGAAGGCUCUGGGAUUUCUAGGAUAGCAUGGAGCGCUCGUUUCCCUUCCCCUUGUACAUGAAGUACACACAAAUACACGCCCAUAUUAAUAAGAAACAGAUUUAUUAAAAGUUCCAGAGCUGUCCUACGUGGUUAGCAUUUUAAAAUACCUUUUUGUUAACUCUUGAUGUACAGUAGCUGUGCCUAGAGCAACCAAGCAAGCGUAUCAGUCUUGUGCCAAGAGGAAACUUUUUCUGUAGCUGUAAUUCACUUGGUAGUAGUUGCAAAGCUUUACAGGUCACAUCCUUUUUAAUUUUGAAUCUCCCAUCUCUCUCUUAUACUGUUUUAAGUUUGCAUUCGUUUCUCCUGUGAUGAAGUAUUAGCUUUGAAGCUAAUUGUUUGUGUUUUUGAAUGCAGAGCAAGAGUUAGCAUCAUCAGCUGGAUUCCACUCUGUUGCCUUGUAUUCAUUCGCCUUUAUCGUCCUGGCUUGUAGCUUUGUUGAAGCUCUUCUCUUCUAAAUGGGAUCUCCAGGUCUUGGUAUCAGAGGGGGAAUCACUCCUCUAAAGAUUUGGGUUGCUCUGCUGUUCCUCCAAUGCAUUUUCCUCCAGUUACGGAUUGGGAAGCCCAGUGUGAGGGGAGGGAGAAUGGCCUCGAGUGCUGCGGUGGGUUUCUAAAGUGCUGUGACACCACAGCUCCUGCUGAAGGGGAGCAAGGUCAGGGGAUACCGCCUCACUCAGAAGCGCUGAACAAGGCUGGAACAGCCGUCUGCCAAAGUCAUACAUAAAGCUCCCACAACCUUCUUCCAAAUCUUGUCAGUGAAGACUCUUGUUCUUGUUGGAGCAGAGCGCAGGCUUGCAUGGCUUUAUUCUGAUUGCCCUUGACUAGUUGUACUGCCUUGGUUGGUUUAGAACAAGGGAUUCACUUUCAUUGCAGCUACUGAGGAUGCUCUUGCCUUAGUGCGUACAGACGGAUCUUGUGGAGGAUGGUGGGAGUUCUGCGUAUCCAACAGAAGGAGAACUAGGUGAUGGAUUUUGGUUGUAUUUCAGAGG